UGGACAUUGGAGUACACCCCGCAGCACAGCCGAGACUUCAAGAACAUCGUGUCCAAGAAUGCUAUGCAGUACCGUGGGAAUGCCCAGCACGAUGCGCAGGAGUUCCUGCUUUGGCUUCUAGACAGAGUCCACGAAGAUCUGAACAACGUGGUGAAUUUCAGUGGCAUGCCUCCGCUCAAGCCACCGCUGGAGGAUGAUGUGCUGCUCGAGGGACCAGCCUUUCCAAUCAGUAGUACUUUUGUGCAGGAACUCUUCCAAGCCCAGUACAGGUCCUCCCUGACGUGCCCUCAUUGCCAGAAGCAGAGUAACACCUUUGACCCUUUUCUCUGCAUCUCUCUGCCGAUUCCUUUGCCUCAUACACGGCCGCUCUACGUCACCGUGGUGUACCAGGGGAAGUGCUCGCACUGCAUGCGGAUUGGGGUGGCCGUGCCCAUCUCUGGAACGGUGGCCAGGCUGCGGGAGGCUGUCUCCUCAGAGACCAAGAUACCCACGGAGCAGAUCGUGCUGACGGAGAUGUACUACGAUGGGUUUCAUCGCUCCUUCUGCGAUACGGAUGACCUGGACACCAUUCAUGAAAGCGACUGUAUAUUUGCCUUUGAGACCCCAGAGAUAUUUAGGCCCGAGGGUAUCCUUAGUCAGAGAGGCAUACAUGUGAACAAUAACCUGAAUAACUUGAAAUGUGGCACUGAGCACUCCCGAACAAUAUCUUACUCUCAAGGAACAGUGAAAUCUGGAAAACUGGAACAGUCCUCUACUAAACCAGCAGCAAAUGACAAGAUUGUGUUGCUGGUGUGUAACAGGGCGUGCACUGGACAGCAGAGCAGAAGGUUUGGCUUGCCCUUUGUGUUACAUUUGGAAAAAACAAUUGCUUGGGAUAUUCUGCAGAAGGAAAUUUUGGAGAAGAUGCAGUAUUUCCUGCGGCCUGCAGCCUGCAUGCAGGUCUGCCCAUUCAGCUUGCGAGUGGUCAGUGUUGUGGGCAUAACGUACUUGCUACCUCAGGAGGAGCGACCCCUCUGCCAUCCAACAGUGGAAAGGGCAUUGAAGUCAUGUGGACAGGGGGGAACUGCUCAUGUGAAAUUAGUGGUAGAAUGGGACAAAGAAACUAAAGAUUACUUGUUUGUGAAUACAGAAGAGGAGUAUAUUCCAGACUCCGAAAGCGUCCGCCAGCAGAGAGAGCUUCAUCAUCAACCUCAGACCUGCACUUUAUCUCAGUGUUUCCAACUGUACACCAAAGAGGAACAGCUUGCCCCAGAUGAUGCAUGGCGAUGCCCACACUGCAAGCAGCUGCAGCAGGGUAGCAUCACACUGAGCCUCUGGACCUUACCUGAUGUUCUCAUUAUACAUCUCAAAAGGUUUAGACAGGAAGGAGACCGAAGGAUGAAACUUCAAAACAUGGUUAAAUUCCCCCUGAGUGGCUUGGACAUGACUCCUCAUGUAGUUAAACGCAGUCAGAGCAGUUGGAGUCUGCCGUCUCACUGGUCACCCUGGAGGAGACCUUACGGUCUUGGAAGGGAUCCUGAGGACUAUAUCUAUGACCUGUAUGCUGUCUGCAAUCAUCAUGGCACCAUGCAAGGGGGACACUAUACAGCAUAUUGCAAAAACUCGGUUGAUGGCCAGUGGUACUGCUUUGAUGACAGUGAAGUUCAGCAACUUUCUGAAACCGAAGUCUGCAAGCAGACAGCUUAUAUUCUUUUCUAUCAGAGACGCACAGCAAUCCCAUCAUGGUCUGCUAACAGCUCUGUGGCAGGCUCCACAAGCUCCUCUCUCUGUGAGCACUGGGUCAGCCGUCUUCCUGGUAGCAAGCAGCCCAGCAUUGCUUCGGCAGCGUCAUCGCGGCGCACGUCUCUGGCUUCGCUCUCAGAAUCGGUAGAGCUGACUGGGGAAAGGAGUGAAGAUGAUGGAGGAUUCUCAACUCGACCCUUUGUAAGGAGUGUCCAGCGUCAGAGCUUGUCAUCUAGAUCUUCUGUCACCAGCCCACUGGCAGUGAGUGAAAAUGGUGUCAGGCCCUCGUGGUCACUCUCUGCAAAACUGCAGUUGCGCUCCAACUCUCCAUCCCGCUUCUCUGGAGAUUCCCCUGUACAUACCUCUGCUUCCACCCUGGAGAAGAUUGGGGAGGCUGCUGAUGAUAAAGUCUCCACCUCUUGCUUCGGCAGCCUGAGGAAUCUCUCUAGCAGCUACUUGGAGCCCUGUGAUGGCAGUCGGCGAGAGCACAGGACGGCUCGCAGAGCCCCUUUGGCUGUCAUGGAAGGGGCAUUCAGGGAAGAGUCUGUUGUAAGGACAUCUAGCUCAGAUCUUUCAGAUGGGUAUGUUAAAAGCUCUGUGCAGCCAGACAGGAAUCACCCUGCUUUGGACCCUUUUGAUAACAACAAUCAGAUCGCCUUUGUUGAUCAGAGUGAUUCUGUGGAUAGUUCUCCAGUCAAGGAGGUGAAAGCCCCCAGUGGGACAGGGCUGGCUGCAGAGAAGGCAGAUGGCACCCCUAAGAAGGUUCACAGCUCCAAGGGGGUUUCUGAGCCAGACAAAAGUUUGAGGAAGGGAAGGACAGUCUUAUCUAACCAAGAGACCAAAGUCUCUCGCUCUUCUCCUCCUCCACUAAGGAGUUCCCAGAAAGUUUCCCGGUCUAGAAGUAAGACGGACUCCUCUAGGGCCAGUGGGCGACAUGGGUCUCCUGCUCCCACUCAGGCUAGGAAGGACCAUAGCACGAAGCCCCUUGAGGUGGCUGUCCCAUCGGCUCAACAGAAGCAAAAGUCAGGUUCUUCUCCAUCCUCCGCAGCUGCCAAGAAAACCCCAUCAGGCUCAUUGACUAAGGGCUCUUCUGCUGGGAAGAGCCGGACUUCAGACCGAAGCCUCAGCAGAGAGGGCUCUAAGAUAAGUCUGGGGUCGGAUAAAACGAGUGUUACCAGCAGUUCAAGAACGAGCUCCCCACGGAUAAGCCACUCCAGGAGUGACAGCAGGGCAGUAGACAGCAAACACGUGCGGAGCUCCUCUAUGGCCAACCUGCGGUCUCCAAAUGUUAGUGUGCGUUCUGGUUUGAAGAGGGACAGCAAGUCAGAAGAGAAAGGAUUGUCCUUCUUUAAAUCAGCCUUAAGGCAGAAGGAGACCCGGAGGUCAGCAGACCUGGGAAAGACAACGAUGCUCUCUAAAAAGACGGGGAGUGGCAGUUCCAAGUCAGGCAGUAAAAACGUGCUGGAAGACAAAUCGGAGAAAGGUGUUGUCCCACCAGCCUCUCAAACCAAUGCCAACAUCACUGCAAAAGAAAAACUUGCCCCAAAAGAUGCCACACCCAACAAACAUUCUCUGCUAUCCAGUCGCAAGUCCAAGUCUUCCCAGCUAGAUCCCGGAGUCCAGUCUCCUCCUUCCAGUGGCAAGCAGUCUGCUGACAAGCCACUGAAAAAAUUACCUUCCAGCAUGCAGGUGUCUGUACGGCCUUCUCUGGAACCUCAGUGAAAUGCUGCAAUCCAGGAGCGCAGGAGGCCACUGGGGAGGAGGUGGAAGCUCUCAUGGUGGCACAUGGGGACCUUUGCAGUGUGACUGUCACCUUCACC